GAGGCAGUGCUGAGUUAAAGGCACGCAAACAUAAACAGACACAUUACAGCAAAGUAACGAAAGGCAAGAGAGAUAGGGAGAGAGACGGAGAUCUGAGCUUCAACUGCCUCGUGCCUGGUUUUAUACAUCGAUCAUGAAUUUGUGGAGGGGAUCGGAAUAAAUCUAUCGUGCGGUUUCGUGAAGGGUUAAUGCAAAGCCUUAUUUCGUGGCACACGGAUUUUUUGGCCUCGUUUAUCAGAUCGAUUCGUUUUCAGUCAUUACAGGCGCUAUUUGAGAUAUAUUAUUAUUAUUAUUUGGUGUGCGUUUGAGGAGAAAGGCCUUUAUUAUUAUUUGGUGUGCGUUUGAGGAGAAAGGCUUUAAAGAUGGGCUGUUUGGGAAACAGCAAGACGGAAGACCAGCGCAUCGAUGAGAAGGCGCAACGAGAGGCAAAUAAAAAGAUCGAGAAACAGUUACAGAAAGAGAGACAGGCGUAUAAAGCCACGCACCGCCUGCUUUUAUUAGGCGCUGGAGAGUCCGGGAAGAGCACUAUAGUGAAACAGAUGCGCAUCCUGCACGUCAAUGGCUUUAACGCAGAAGAAAAGAAGCAGAAAAUCUUGGAUAUCCGGAAAAAUGUAAAGGAUGCCAUUGUGACAAUAGUGUCUGCUAUGACCACCUUAACACCCCCUGUUGCAAUCGCCAACCCAUCCAACCAUCCCAGCGCAGAGUACAUCAGGAGUAUAGCUCCGCUCUCAGACUUUGACUACACAGAGGAGUUUUUUGAGCACGCAAAGCAUCUGUGGGAUGAUGAGGGGGUUAAGGCCUGUUUUGAGCGCUCAAAUGAGUACCAGCUCAUCGACUGUGCCCAAUACUUCUUGGACAGGAUUGACUCUGUCCGACAGAGUGACUACACACCAACAGAUCAGGACUUGCUGAGGUGUCGUGUUUUGACUUCAGGGAUUUUUGAAACUCGUUUUCAAGUAGACAAAGUCAACUUUCAUAUGUUUGAUGUGGGCGGUCAGAGAGACGAGAGAAGAAAAUGGAUCCAGUGUUUCAAUGAUGUGACAGCCAUCAUCUUUGUCGCAGCCAGUAGCAGUUACAACAUGGUCAUAAGAGAAGACAACAGCACCAACCGGCUGCGCGAGUCUCUUGAUCUCUUCCGCAGCAUCUGGACUAACAGGUUUUUAAGGACCAUCUCAGUAAUCCUGUUCCUAAACAAACAGGACAUGCUAGCAGAGAAGAUCCUGGCAGGCAAAUCCAAACUUGAAGAUUAUUUCCCUGAGUAUGCACGCUAUACACUGCCUCCUGAAGCAACGCCUGACCCAGGAGAAGACCCGAAAGUGUCCAGGGCAAAGUUUUUCAUCAGAGAUGAGUUCUUGAAAAUCAGCACAGCGAGUGGCACUGACAAACACUACUGCUAUCCCCAUUUCACCUGUGCUGUGGACACAGAAAACAUUCGGCGUGUGUUCAAUGACUGCCGUGACAUUAUUCAGAGGAUGCAUCUUCGCCAGUAUGAACUCUUGUGAUUGGCUGCC